AGGAUGUCACGUGACGCGCCGCUUCGCCCUCCAUUUUGAAGCGGUUGUCGGCAGCGGCACUCACACACACACACUCACACACAGAGAGAGACAGAGAGAGAGGGAGAGAGGGGGAACAGGCGGCUGAAUCUCGGCCGCGGCAGCCAACGAGCAAAGACAAUGCCGGCCUACUUCCAGAGGCCCGAGAACGCCCUGAAACGGGCUAAUGAAUUCUUGGAGGUUGGCAAGAAGCAACCUGCUCUUGAUGUCUUGUACGACGUAAUUAAGAGCAAAAAGCAUCGAACAUGGCAGAAAAUUCACGAGCCGAUCAUGCUGAAGUACCUGGAGCUAUGUGUGGAUCUUCGAAAGAGCCACCUAGCAAAGGAAGGGUUGUAUCAGUACAAGAACAUCUGCCAGCAGGUGAACAUCAAGUCACUGGAAGAUGUAGUUAGAGCCUAUCUGAAGCUGGCUGAAGACAAGACUGAAGCAGCUAAAGGAGAGUCUCAGCAGAUGGUGCUUGAUAUUGAAGAUCUGGACAACAUUCAAACUCCAGAAAGUGUUUUGCUGAGUGCCGUGAGUGGCGAGGACACCCAAGAUCGUACCGAUCGUCUGCUCUUAACUCCGUGGGUCAAAUUCCUUUGGGAGUCGUACAGGCAGUGUUUGGAUCUGUUGCGUAACAACUCUAAAGUGGAACGCCUCUACCAUGACAUUGCCCAGCAAGCCUUCAGGUUUUGCCUGCAGUACACUCGUAAGGCAGAGUUCCGCAAGCUGUGUGACAACCUGCGUAUGCACCUGGGGCAGAUCCAGCGUCACCAUAACCAGAGCACGGCUAUCAACCUGAAUAAUCCCGAGAGCCAGUCCAUGCAUCUGGAGACUCGAUUGGUGCAGCUGGAUAGUGCGAUCAGUAUGGAACUCUGGCAGGAAGCAUUUAAAGCUGUAGAAGACAUCCACGGGCUGUUCUCCUUGUCCAAGAAGCCUCCCAAGCCGCAGCUGAUGGCUAACUACUACAAUAAAGUCUCCACUGUUUUCUGGAAAUCGGGAAAUGCUCUCUUUCAUGCGAGCACCCUUCACCGGCUGUACCACCUCUCCAGGGAGAUGAGAAAGAAUCUCUCCCCAGAUGAGAUGCAAAGGAUGUCCACUCGAGUUCUUUUGGCUACGUUAUCAAUUCCCAUCACUCCUGAAAGGACAGACAUUGCCCGUUUGCUAGACAUGGAUGGCAUUAUUGUGGAGAAACACCGGCGGCUGGCUACACUGUUGGGCCUCCAGGCACCUCCAACUCGAAAGAGUCUGAUGAAAGAUAUGGUGCGGUUCAAUGUGAUGCAGUGUGUGGUUCCUGAAGUGAAAGAGCUUUAUAACUGGUUAGAAAUUGAAUUUCACCCACUCAAGCUUUGCGGACGGGUUACAAAGGUGCUGAAUUGGAUCCGCGACCAGUCGGAAAAGGAACCCGAGCUCCAGCAUUAUGUGCAACAUCUGCAGAACAAUACUAUCCUGCGGCUCCUUCAACAGGUGGCUCAGAUUUAUCAGAGCAUCGAGUUCUCUCGUUUGGCUUCCCUGGUGCCUUUUAUUGAUCCUUUCCAGCUGGAACGAUCUAUUGUUGAUGCCGCCAGGCACUGCGACUUGCAGGUUCGCAUCGACCAUUCGUCGCACACUUUGAGCUUUGGCUCCGAUCUGAACUAUUCUCCAAAGGAAGACUCUCCAGUGGGACCUUAUUUGCAGCCAAUGCCAUCCGAGCAGAUCAGAAGCCAGCUCACUGCCAUGUCUUCUGCUUUAGCCAAAGCCAUACAUAUCGUGAAGCCAACUCACUUGCUUACUGAAAAGGAGGAGCAGCAUCAGGUGGCUGUCAGUAGUUACUUGAAGAACGCUAGGAAGGAGCAUCAACGUAUCCUGGCCCGGCGUCAGACCAUCGAGGAGAGAAAGGAACGUCUGGAGAGCCUGAAUGUCCAGCGAGAGAAAGAGGAGAUGGAGCUGCGAGAGGCUGAACUUCAGAAAGUUCGCAAGGCCGAGGAGGAGCGUCUAAAGCAAGAAGCCCUGGAGCGGGAGAAAGAGCGCCUCCUGCAAGAGCAUGAAAACAUCAAGAGGAAGCACGUGCGAGAGCGGCUGGAGCAGAUCAAGAAGACUGAGUUGGGAGCCAAGGCGUUUAAAGACAUUGAUAUUGAGGACCUUGAAGAACUGGAUCCAGAUGUCAUCAUGGCAAAACAGGUUGAGCAACUGGAGAAGGAAAAGAGGGAACUUCAGGAGCGUCUGAAAAAUCAAGAAAAGAAGGUGGACUUUUUUGAAAGAGCCAAAAGAUUGGAAGAAAUACCUUUACUAAAGAAUGCUUUUGAAGAACAGCGGAUAAAAGAUAUGGAUCUGUGGGAAGUUCAGGAGGAAGAAAGGAUCACCAAUAUGACAAUUGAGCGUGAGAAGGCACUGGAGCACAAGAAUAGGAUGUCCAGAAUGGUGGAGGAUAAAGAUAUGUUCCUAGCCAAGCUAAUGUCUUCACGGCGCACAAUUUAUGAGGAGAAACUGAAGAACUUUCAAGACAAACUCAGUGAGGAACGGGCUCAGCGUCUGGAGGAUCGCAAAAAAAGGCGUAAAGAGGAGAGACGUAAAGAUUACUAUAUUCAGCAAGAGGAGGAGGCUGAGCGGCUGAAAGAGGAAAAGAUCAGGAAAGAACGCGAAGAGAAGGAUCGUGUUGAGCGUGAGAAGCGAGAGGCAGAAGAGCGCGAAUACCAAGAGAAAUUAAGGAAGUUGGAAGAAACUGAGAGGAAACGGCGCCAGCGAGAGAUGGAAAUCGAAGAGCGAGAGCGUCGCAAAGAGGAAGAGAGGAGAGCUGCUGACGACCAGACUCGCAGAAAGGAAUCAUCAAUGCGCUGGUCUGACAGAGACACAGAUCGAGAUAGUGGCUGGAAGGACCGUGUUAUAGAAAGGGAUUCUGAGUGGAGACGUGGUGGAACCGAUGGAGAGUGGCGCCGGGGAGAGAGUCGUGGCAUGGAUGACGAAAGGCCGGUGUUCCGCCGUUUGGAAGACAGGCCUCGGCGGGAAGAGGAGCGGGAGUCUUUAUUCAGAAGAAGUGAUGAUGAGAGAGGGUCGACUUGGAGGGACGAUGAUCGAGAACGUCGACGUGGAGAUGAUUCCACAGCAUGGAGACCACUGAGUAAACCUGGCAGUGGAUGGAGAGAGAGGGAAAAGGCCCGGGAGGAAAGCUGGGGUCCACCCAGAGAUGCAAGGUCGUCAGAGGACCGGGACAGGGAUCGCGAUGUGGAUCAGGAACGCCGUAUGCCUCUGAGGGACAGGGAGGAGAGCCAUUGGAGACGUGGGGGCGAAGAUACCAAUAGCUGGCGAGAGUCUGUUCCACGGCGUGAUGAAUGGGACGGUGAGAGAGAUCGGAAAGAGAUCCGCAGCGAGCGCAGAGAUUUGAGGGAUAGCAAGGAUCUGCCAGAGCGCCGCAUGACGCCGCUUAAAGCUGACCGGGACGAUGCCGUGUGGCGGCGUGCGGGUGAUGACAGAAAAGACGAGCGGGAAGACAACGGGGUAAGAGAUAUUACCCGAAGAGCUCCACCACCAAAUGAGGGCGACCGAGAGAGAGGAGGGGGAGCAGCCACCAGGGGAGCUGAUAAGGAGAAAGAUUCAGCCCGUCGUACCAAUACCAAUACCAACACCGAAACUGACGAAGACGGUUGGACCACUGUCCGCCGCUAAGUGUCUUUCAGCCCAGUUUACCUGGACCAAUUAGCUGUAUUCAUUUUGAAUCUGAAUUUAAGAAUUACAGUAACUUUAUGGUAAAUUCUUUGGAGAUUUUGAAACUAACCAGUAAAGUUGAUGUGUUUAUUAAAAUGUAAGCAUGUACCUCUAUAUUAGUACAGCAAAUUUAAUACAAGCCGAUCAUGCAGCUGAAACGAAAGAAGCCUGCUAAACCGAACAUCUGUUGCAUGUCAAAGUCUUGCCUUCACGGCGCCAGCAUUUCACUCGACAAUCUAAAGUGUGACUGCUGCCUAGUUUAAACUUUCGGAAUUUCCUAGUUCUAUUAAAUGAGCGAAGGCAACUGUGUUCAGAAAGGGGAAUAAACAUACCAUCUGACAGAGCUGUAAACAUGGAUGCAUAUUGUGCAUAAUGUUAACUUGUGGGCUGAAAUUGGGUCAAGUCGCCACUGUAUACGGUCACCAAUAAAGGUUUUUGUUAUCUGACUCUGGUACAUGUACUGCCAGUAUGUCUAUUGCCACCACAGAUGUACAUUGUGGAUUAUUGUGUGAAAGUAUUUUUAAACCAAUUGUCGCAUACAGUACUCAUUAUUUAAACCUUUGCAGUUUGGAGUAUCUUUGGUCAGGUUUAAUUACCCCUCCUCCCUCCCCCAACCCCUUUCCUCAUUUGGAUCAUCAAAAUUAACUUGGACCUAAUUUUCUUUCUGUCUUUAGAAUAAAGGUUUUCUUUACCAAAUCUAUCUUUGUUGUAAUAACUGUUGCAUGCUACAGUACUGAUCAGUGCAGUCAGUGCUACUGUUCCAGGCAAAGACAAUGUCAAAUAAAAGAAGUUACAAAUUA